AUGUCCGCCGAUAAACAAUAUUAUGAACUCUAUCGUCGAAGCAGCGUCGGAACCACCCUCACCGAUACGCUUGAUCAACUCAUUAGCGAGCAGCGCCUUGAGCCUCAACUUGCUAUGAAGAUUAUUGCAAACUUUGAUAAGGCCAUUGCUGACGUCAUCGCGGACAAGGUCAAGACACGCCUGACUUUCAAGGGACAUCUUGAUACCUACCGCUUCUGUGACGAUGUAUGGACUUUUAUCAUCAAAGAUAUCAACUUCAAGUUAGACAACACGAACCCUCUACAAGCUGAUAAAGUUCGCAUCGUGAGUUGCAGCAGCAAGAAGCCAGGCGAGGCGUAA